AUGAGUGGAAAAUUUGUUCGUGCAUCCAAAUACAGGCAUGUGUUUGGCCAAGCUGCAAAGAAGGAAUUGCAGUACGAAAAUGUAAAAGUUACCAAUAACGCAUGGGACUCAAAUUUAAUCAAAACGAAUGGUAAAUUCUUAGCUGUCAAUUGGAACGCCUCCGGAGGUGGUGCAUUUGCUGUAAUCCCUUUGAAUGAAGUUGGUAAGUCUCCUGACCAAGUUCCGCUCUUCAGAGGCCACACUGCCCAAGUUUUGGACACAGAUUUCGAUCCCUUCAAUGAUCGCAGAUUGGCUUCUGGAUCUGAUGAUUCCAAAAUUGGUAUUUGGGAUAUACCUGAAAACUACUCUUUCCACAAUGCGCUUGAUGAGAACGAUGAAAUUAGCCAUGUGAAACCUACAAGAAUGCUUUCAGGACAUUCACGGAAAGUUGGUCAUGUUCUUUUCCAUCCACUUGCUCAAAACGUUUUGGCUUCAUCGUCUUUAGAUUACACUGUGAAGCUUUGGGAUGUGGAAAGCGGUGAGAACAAGCUGACCCUGAAACAUCCGGAUAUGGUUACAUCAAUGUCCUUUUCAUACGAUGGUAAUUAUUUAGCAACGGUAGCUCGUGAUAAAAAACUGAGAGUUUGGGAUAUAAGAGCUAACAAAAUCGUGUGUGAAGGCCAAGCACAUAGUGGUGCAAAGAACCAGAGAGUUGUUUGGCUAGGUAAUAGUGACCGGAUUGCUACUACCGGAUUUUCCAAAUUGAGUGAUCGUCAAAUUGGUAUUUGGGAUGCUUUCAAUUUAGAGAAAGGGGAUUUAGGAGGCUUCUACACAGUUGAUCAAUCCUCGGGAAUUUUAAUGCCUUUUUAUGACGAUAGUAAUAAAAUUCUUUAUUUGGCAGGUAAGGGUGAUGGUAACAUUCGUUAUUAUGAACUUCAAAAUGACGAGCUAUUUGAGUUGUCCGAGUAUCAGUCCACUGAACCUCAAAGAGGUUUUGCUGUGGCGCCAAAACGUACCGUAAAUAUCAAAGAGAAUGAGGUUGUAAAGGGGUUCAAGACAGUGGUGGAUCAAUACAUUGAACCGGUGUCCUUUUAUGUGCCAAGGAGAUCUGAAGAAUUUCAGGAAGACAUUUACCCUGAUGCACCUUCUGAUAAGCCUGCAUUGAGUUCCGAAGAAUGGUUCUCGGGCAAAUCUGUCGAUGGACCAAUACUUGUGAGUAUGAGAAAAUUGUACGAAGGAGCUGACCCUACAUUCCAUGAAUCGAAAAAGGCAGUCCACCUGUCUGCCAAAACUGUAGAUCCAACACCAAAAUCCAAGGAGCCAACACCUAGCGUAAAUAGUGAAACUACUGCCAAGAAACACGUUGAACCGGUGAAGAGUCAAGUUGAAAAAAAGAGCUUCGAUUUCGAACCACCAAAAAUCUCUUUGAAAGAAAACUUCAAAUCUGAUCUCUCCGUAAACAAAAUGCUUCAAAAGUCGUCGGAUUUCGAUUCUGAAAACAAUACAGAGGAUCCCUCAAGAGACACUUCUGGUUGGGAUGAAGAAGAUGAGACCCCGAAGGAACCAGAAGUAUUACCAAUGGCAAAAGCACAGUCUAAACUGGAAAAGGAAGAAACUAUCCCUAGAACUUCAAAGUCUGUAAAUGAGGCCCAAGAACAUGUAUCUGAGGCAACAAAUCCUUCUAGCGAAAUUCAAAAAUCGGCGAAUGUGGCAACUAGCUCUGUUGCUGAGGCUGAAGACCCUGAGAACAAAAGUUCACGUGCCGUCGAAGUUUCUAAAGCCACUACAACGACUGUACCUCCUUCCGCUGGUACGGCUAGUACCUCAAGCAACACAGGGAAAUCAUUGGGCCUGAAGCAAUCUGUUGAGAAACUGUCUUCUUUGGUCCAGAGCUUGGAGCAAGUCGUUAACACAUUGAUCGCAUCGAACCUCGAAAAAGAUGAUCGUUUGCAAAACCUUGAAAGCAAAAUUGGAGAAUUGAUCCAGCAAAAGUAA